ACCAGCCACUCAGAGCAGGGCACGAUGUUGGGGGCCCGCCUCAGGCUCUGGGUCUGUGCCUUGUGCAGCGUCUGCAGCUUGAGCGUCCUCAGAGCCUAUCCCAAUGCCUCCCCACUGCUCGGCUCCAGCUGGGGUGGCCUGAUCCACCUGUACACAGCCACAGCCAGGAACAGCUACCACCUGCAGAUCCACAAGAAUGGCCAUGUGGAUGGCGCACCCCAUCAGACCAUCUACAGUGCCCUGAUGAUCAGAUCAGAGGAUGCUGGCUUUGUGGUGAUUACAGGUGUGAUGAGCAGAAGAUACCUCUGCAUGGAUUUCAGAGGCAACAUUUUUGGAUCACACUAUUUCGACCCGGAGAACUGCAGGUUCCAACACCAGACGCUGGAAAACGGGUACGACGUCUACCACUCUCCUCAGUAUCACUUCCUGGUCAGUCUGGGCCGGGCGAAGAGAGCCUUCCUGCCAGGCAUGAACCCACCCCCGUACUCCCAGUUCCUGUCCCGGAGGAACGAGAUCCCCCUCAUUCACUUCAACACCCCCAUACCACGGCGGCACACCCGGAGCGCCGAGGACGACUCGGAGCGGGACCCCCUGAACGUGCUGAAGCCCCGGGCCCGGAUGACCCCGGCCCCGGCCUCCUGUUCACAGGAGCUCCCGAGCGCCGAGGACAACAGCCCGAUGGCCAGUGACCCAUUAGGGGUGGUCAGGGGCGGUCGAGUGAACACGUACGCUGGGGGAACGGGCCCGGAAGGCUGCCGCCCCUUCCCCAAGUUCAUCUAGGGUCGCUGGAAGGGCACCCUCUUUAACCCAUCCCUCAGCAAACGCAGCCCUUCCCAAGGACCAGGUCCCUUGACGUUCCGAGGAUGGGAAAGGUGACAGGGGCAUGUAUGGAAUUUGCUGCUUCUCUGGGGUCCCUUCCACAGGAGGUCCUGUGAGAAUCAACCUUUGAGGCCCAAGUCAUGGGGUUUCACCGCCUUCCUCACUCCAUAUAGAACACCUUUCCGAAUAGGAAAUCCCAACAGGUAAACUAGAAAUUUCCCCUUCAUGAAGGUAGAGAGAAGGGGUCUCUCCCAACAUAUUUCUCUUC